AUGGAGUCGAACAGUGACGUCCGCCAGCAGGCCCCCCGCGAUAUCCCCGCCAUGUUCCGUCCGCCCGUCAACCGUGCGAUGCGCACACUGGACCGGUCGUUCUUCCGCAAGACGGUACCGGUCUCCGCAGCCAAAAUCUUCCAGAACUCGGAAAUCUCGCGCGUGCGCAAGGCACUUGGGGGCAGUAAGGACCUUCUGGUUUUGCCGCGGCUGAACGUUGUGCGUGAGCUGAAGGAGCAGGAUGGUGUGAAAAAGGCGCUUCUACUGCGAGAGGAUGUGAAACAUGAUGACAAGUCGACGUGGUCGCCUACUAUCAUGAAGUUGAGCGAGAAGGGCACCGUGGCCAUUUUGCCUUAUAAUUUGGAACUUGAUUACGACUCUUGGACAUACGCUGAGAUCGCUGCUUCGGUUUUGCCGCAAAAUGAGGAAAUGCCAGAAAUCCCUCAAGGCUUCACGCAAGUGGGGCACGUCUUGCACCUGAAUCUCCGCGAGCAUUGGCUUCCGUACAAGCAUAUCAUUGCUGAGAUUCUCAUGGACAAGAAUCCCGCCAUUCGUACCGUCAUCAAUAAGACCGAAGACGUCGGUUCCCACAGCCAGUUCCGCACGUUCCCUUUCGAACUGCUGAUCGGUGAUAACGACCUCAACGUCAUCCAGCACGAGCAAGACUGCGAGUUCCGAUUCGACUAUUCUCGUGUAUACUGGAAUAGCCGUCUGGAGACGGAGCACCGCCGACUCGUGGACAAGUUCCAGCCUGGCCAGAUGGUAUGCGACGUGAUGGCGGGCGUCGGUCCCUUUGCUGUGCCUGCGGGACGCAAGCGCAUCUUCGUCUGGGCCAACGACUUGAACCCGCACGGCUAUGAGGUGAUGCAAGAUGCUGUCAAGCGUAACCAUGUCUCGGACUUUGUCACUCCAUUCAACCAAGACGGCCGGGAGUUUAUUCGCUUCGCGGCGCAAUCUCUGCUGGAAGCUGACCCAGUCACUGUCACCAUUGAACCCAGGAAGCGCAGGGAGAAGAGGAGAAAGGUUGAGGAUGACCAAGAAAACGCGAAACCCUCGCCGCUUCUUCCCGUAUAUACUCGCCCGUCCAUUGUCGACCACUACGUUAUGAACCUACCUGCGACCGCCAUCGAGUUCCUCGAUGCCUUCCAGGGUCUCUAUACUGGCAAGGAAUCUCUCUUCGCCCCGCACACCUCUCAACUCUUGCCCAUGAUCCACGUCUACUGCUUCUCGGGUCACUCUGAGAACGAGGUGGAUGAUCACAUUGAUGUCUGCCAGCGGAUUUCUGAGCGCAUUGGAUAUACUAUCACCCCCGAGGACCGUGUCGGAGGCAGUGGUAAUGCUGCUAUCGAGCUGGCCAUUUACAAUGUCCGCCUGGUCAGCCCCAACAAGCAGAUGUUCUGUGCCAGUUUCCGCCUGCCAGCGGAGGUCGCAUUCCGGAAGGUUUAA